UUUUUUUUUUUUUAUAUCUAUAUAUAUUCCAUGGUGUUUCAUUCCUCAUUACCAUCUAUACAAGUUCCUACUACUGGUGUUGUCGAGUUCUUAUUUGAAAACCGGAAUAAUGUUCCUGACAAUCAACCCAUUCUCAUUGAUGCUCAUAGUGAUCGUACCAUUACUUUUGGACAAUUGAAACAAAAUAUUCUUCAGUUUGCUGCUGGUCUACAAGAUCAUUGUCAAUUCAAAACAGGUGAUGUGCUUGCUAUUUUUGCUCCUAACUUGGUUGACUAUCCCAUUCCACUUUUAGGUGCUUUGGCAGCAGGUGGAACUACUACACCAGCCAAUCCUGCUUAUACAGUCAAGGAACUUACACAUCAAGUCUCUUUAUCAGAUGCAAAAGUGAUUGUGUGUUCUCCUGAAAAUGUGGAAGUUGCUUUAGAAACUGCUAAAAAUUGUGGUUUGGCCAAGAACAAUGUAUUUGUAUUUGGUGAAACAGUAGUCAAAGGUGUUCAACCCUAUACUCAUGUUUUACUCCCUGGACGCCAACUGGAUCGCCCUGCUACUAUUAUUAAUCCUGCAGAUGAUGCUUCUUAUUUAUGCUUCUCAAGUGGUACAACAGGUCUUAGCAAAGGUGUACAUAGCACGCAUACAAACAUCACUGCUAAUAUUCUACAAAUCAAUAGCCUCCUUGGUCCUCAUCUCAGUCCAAAAAAAGAUCGAAUCCUUGGUGUACUUCCAUUUUUCCACAUCUUUGGUUUAACCGUAGUGAUCCAUAUGUCUCUCUUUUGGGGUAUUCCUUUGGUGGUCAUGACCAAGUUCGACCUAGUCCACUUUUGCGAAACAGUUCAAAAACACAAGAUCAGCUUCUCAUGUUUAGUACCUCCCAUCUUACUUUUACUUGCCAAACAUCCUGUGAUCAGUAAUUAUGAUUUGAGCUCGUUACGUUAUGUGAUGUCUGGCGCUGCCCCGCUAUCUGCUGAAUUAGGUGAUGAUGUACAAGCUCGUCUUCCAAAUCUAAAAGUGACUCAAGGUUAUGGUUUGACUGAAACUUCUCCUGUCUUGACAGCUGGUCCUCUCGAUAAUAUUCGUCCUGGUACAAGUGGUAUUCUGGUUCCCAAUGUCUCCAUUAAAAUUAUAACUGAGGAUGGAAAAGAGGCUGGUAUCAAUGAAAGAGGGGAACUAUGGUGUAAAGGACCAAGCAUUAUGAAGGGAUAUAUCAAGAAUCCUGAAGCUACUGCCGAUUGUAUUGAUAGUGAAGGAUACUUCCAUACAGGUGAUAUUGCCAUCGUGGAUGAACAUGGUCACUAUUCUAUUGUAGAUCGUAUCAAAGAAUUAAUUAAAUAUAAAGGUUUCCAGGUGCCACCAGCAGAACUAGAAAGUUUAUUAUUAACAUCUCCCAUUGUUGCUGAUUGUGCAGUUAUUGGUGUAUAUGAUACCUCCCAAGCAACUGAACUUCCAAGAGCUUAUGUGGUGUUACAACCAUCCGUCAAAGCAAGUGAUGCAGUUGCCAAAGAAUUGAUGGAUUUUGUUGCUAGCAAGGUUGUACAAUACAAAAGGUUACGUGGUGGUAUUCGCUUUAUUGAUGCUGUACCCAAAUCUGCAAGUGGUAAGUUAUUACGAAGGGUGAUCAAGGAUUGGGUCAAGAAAGAAGAAGAAGAAAACUCUGUCUCCAAAGCCAAAUUGUAGAACAAAUUGUUUGGUAGUAUAGAUUAGUUCUUCUUUGAUUUUAUUUGUAUUUAUUUGAUUUAUUUUUUUUUUUUUUAUCUUCAAUAAAC